AUGCGCCGAACACAAACUGUUGAGACCCUGGGUUUUCCCGUUCUGACGGGCGGCGCGGAGCUGGGUGCGAGGCUCUGGCGGUACCGAGCGCUGCCGCCGUGCCCGUCACGUUCCGGGCCCCGGAGCGGAUCGCUCCCGCUCGGCCCGGGGACCGAGGGGCACCAAGGCUGGAACAGGCGGGGAUCGAGGGGGGGAACGAGACGGGACCGAAGGAGGGAGCGAGGCCCGGCCGGCUCCGCCGCGCCUGUCGGGUGCCGCGGUUGCCCGGUAACCGCAAACGCGGCCGCUGCGGCUGCGGCGGCUUUGUGGCCUCAGCACCCGCUGAACGCGCUCCUGGCCCGCUGGUCGCAGCCUGAGCGUGUGCGGGCGGCCACACUGCGCCAGUGGCCAAGUGAAUUGUUGUCAGAGCUUUGGUCUCUGAGGGCGAGAACUGAACUCGCAGUUUGGUUUCUGCGAGGGAAUAAUGAACUUGCAGAGCUUUGCUCUCUGCGAGGGAGUCCCGAAUUCCAUUUGAAGCUGACCCCCUCUACCUUACUAAAGGAGGAGUUUUUCAAGAGGAAGGAGCAUGCCAGUACUGGAGGGAGUUUUCUGCCCAAAAUUCACCCAUUGGUGGAUGUGGCUAAGACUGAUCAAAAGUUGUUGCCAGUUGCCCCGAAAGAGACCUUUAUUCAGGUUUCCCCACCAGAGAUGGUAUUUCAGAAAUUCGUCGCUCAUAAGGUCUCGGACGUGGUACUGUCUCUCAUAAACAAGGACAAGUUUCCUCAGCUGGUGCAGGUCUACAUGGAGAGAUCACCUUAUUUCGAGCUGUUGUGCCCCAAUGAUGCAUACCACAUCAUCCCACCAGGCACAUCUUCCCAUGUGCGCAUCCGCUUCACCCCCGACGAGACCAAGGAUUAUUCCCACGAACUCAUCUGUCUCACUGCAAGGGACAGGAUAGUUGUGCCAAUUCGGGCCAUUGCUGCCCAAGCUAUCCUCCUGGACUUCCCUGACCAGCUGGACUUCUCAGAGUGCCCAGUCAAGUACAGCAGCCAGAAGACUCUGCUGGUUCGCAAUGUUGGUAACGUGGAAGCUCAUUACCAGCUGAGCACCCAGAGUCCUUUCUGCGUGGUUCCAGACAGGGGAACUCUGGCCGCUGGUGACACCAUGCAGGUGACAGUGGGAUUUCACCCGCUGACGGUCGGUGACCAUUCCGGGUCCCUGGUAGUGUGCUGCAACACAGGUGACAUCUACACAAAACUUCACGGAGAAGCUGUAGAUGUCAACGUUGGGUUGAGCACCAAUUCCGUGGAGGUUGAGAACACUUUCAUCACCACAUCAAGCUACACAACCGUGUUCAUCGAAAACAGGAGUAACAUCACAGCCCACUUCCAGUGGAAGACUUUUCCUACUGAGGAAGAUGAGAAUGAAGAGAAGAGAAGGAAGUGCUAUUUUCUGCGGCCAUGGAAUGAGCUGUGGCUGGAAAGCUUCAUGGAGGAUAAAAAAAUAGAGCAGAAGAAGGGCUAUUGUGAAGAUAAAGCUGCCCUCAUGAGCCAUAUGGUCCAGGAGAAGAUGGCAAAGGUGCAAGAAGACCCCAUGCUGUUCUCUGAUGACAUUUUUUCCAUUGAGCCAAUGGAGGGAGAAAUUGGGCCGAACUGUUGCGCCAAAAUCAAGGUGACCUUUAAACCUCUAGAAGCACUGGAGUAUCGAAGUGUGGCUUACUGCAACAUCUCAGGCCGAGAGAGCAGGCUGCCCCUGCGCCUCAGAGGGGAAGGCCAAGAACUUUUGGUUGAAUUCAGCUAUCAUACACUGAACGUUGGGAAGAUUUUAGUCGACACCCCCCACGUCUAUGAGGUGAAACUGAUUAACCAUGCAGCUGUUGAUGCUCCCUUCACCUAUAUCCCCUCAACCUCAACCGUGGGCUACUGCUUCAAGUUUGCACCUGAGGAGGGCAUCAUUGCACCAGGUGGGAUCCAGACCAUCCAAAUCUCCUUCAGUGCCACUGUACUGGGGAGGUUUGAGGAAGAAUUCCAGUUCAGUGUGGCUGGAUCUCCUACGCCUGCAAUCCUGACAAUCAAGGGACAUGUCUGUGAACCGACUGUACACUUCAACGUCGAUGAGCUCGACUUCGGUGACAUUUCCUUUGGCUUUCCCUACACCAUGACCUGUCGCCUCACUAACCCCUCCCCAGUGUCCCUGAGGUUCAAGCUCCGCAUGUCUGACGAUGGCACUCAGCCUGCUGUUAGCAGCUUUGAUCAAAUACACAAGCAUAAUGACCCAUCCUGGAAGCAUGGAAUUCAUUUUUAUGUGGAGCCAAGAGAGUUUACAAUGAAUCCCAGCCAAGGGACCAUCCUUCCCCAGGGACACCAGGAUAUCGAGGUGACCCUGUGUUCCAACACCAUGAUGGAAUUCUACCGGAGAAUGCUGGUGGACCUGGAGGGUAUUGGCAAUGGAGUGGCAUCAGUGACCAUCAUGGCCAGAUGUCUCGUUCCUGAGCUGCGAGUGUACCCUCACGUCCUGCUGUACAAUGAGUGCCGCCUCAAGGUGCCCUACGAGAGGAAGUUCCUCGUUGUGAAUAACACCAACCUUCCUGGCUGCUACGGGCUUAUUCCCCAGAAACGCAAGGAGGACACUCCUGUGUUCUACUCCAGCCCCAAACCCUGUGGGAUUGUCCAGCCUCACAGCAUUGCAGAGAUUCCAGUUACAAUCGAAGUCCAAACAUUGGGCGAGCAUCGCACCAGUGUUCUUAUCAGCGUGUUUGGGGAUGAGAGAAACCCACGGCAUAUAGUAUUACAGAGCAUUGGAGAGCUGACAGACAUCAAGCUGAGUCCAGGGCUGGUAGAGUUUGGUGUGAUCCCACUGCUACAGCCUAGUUCACAAAUUCUUACCCUCUUCAACAAUGGUCUUAUCCCUGUAGACUUCAGGAUACAGAUGGGUUUCAAAUCCCGGUACUUCAGUUUUGAACCCAAAGAAGGAGUGAUCCCUGCUAGGGGCGAGUUUCCUGUGACUGUCACAGCAACCCUGGAUGACACUGGGUUUUUUGAUAACACUAUCUAUGUGUUCAUUCACAACACCUUGUCAUUCAGCGUUCUGGUCCACGCUAUGGGCAUUGGCAGCACAAUUGUCAUAGACAAACCAUUCAUCCCAGAGCUCAACCUGGGAUACCAAUUCAGCCCACCUGAGAAGAAGGGCCAGAGCAUCCCAGCCCUCAGCAGCCCCCUGGCCGAAGAUGAUUGCCAGAGCCCCAAAGGCACCAGCCCCGUGUUUGGGCUGGAGCCACUGUCGAUGGAGCUGCAGCCGGGCGAGUCUGUGGACAUGGUGCUGCGAGGCUUCUCCCCCAUCGAGCAGGAGGUGCAGGAUUGCGUGAUGUGUAAAGCUGACAUAGAGGUAGCCAGCAUGACAGAGAAGAUAAUAGAAACAACCAUUACCUGCAAGUUUAUUGAUCCCUCUAUAGAAGUAUCAGCCAGACAAUUCUCUUUCCGGGUGGAGAAGAAACCCAGUGAUGAUGUCCUGACUCUGCAGUACAAGCCUUUGGCUUUAAAGAACACCUGCUUGCUGCCACUCGACCUUAUGCUGGACUUGGAGCAGCCGUUUCUGCUCUGCGAUGCGGACCAGCAGCCCCUCCCGGAUGGCCAGCCUGUGCCACUGGAUGUAGGACAGACCUGUCAUCUCUACAUUGCAUUUGACCCAUCUUAUAAACUGGAUUUUCAUAGCUGGAAAAAAACAGAGGUUCUGAAGAUAAACAUGGUCAGGGGCCAUCCUUAUGUGGAGUGUAUCACCCUUCAAGGAGAAGUCCACUUCCCCAAUCUCCAAAUCCAGCCCAGCAUCCUGGAGUUUGGCUGCAUCCCAGCUGGCACUGAAGAAGUGCGUUCUCUGGAGAUAACCAACUGCAGCCCACGGCCUGUCCAGUACCACUGGUCAUUCCAUUCAGACAGCCAGGUGAACAGGCUGAGACAUGAGUGUUACCCACCUAAGUUCAAACCCCAGCCACCAAGGGUGAAGAGAACCUGUUUGCCUUUGUCAUCUCCAUGGAGACGCUUCAAGAUGACAAAGAUGAAGGAGACAGCCUCACUCCUGAAAGAAGAGCAGGAUCUUCGCCAAUCUUUAGGAGCAGAGGAGUUGAAGGAAUUCAAGUUAUCCAUGGACGUACCUCAUACUCCCCUUGAAGUGGAGAAGGCUUUCAGUAUCCUGCCGCAGUCGGGUGUGCUGCAGCCAGGAGAGAGACAGAAGGUCUCCUUCAGCUUCUUUGGCCACCUCAACACCAUCGCCAGUGUCACGGCGCUGUGCCAUGUAGAGGGAGGCCCCACCUACGAGGUGGAGCUGACCGGGGAGGCCUCAUGCAUCAGCUACUCCCUGAGCCUCCAGGAGAUCAACUGCGGCUUUCAGAUAUUUAAUGAAAUUUGUCACAGCACAGUCACCCUGGCGAACACUGGCAAGAUUAAAUUCAACUGGGUGCUAAAUCCUAGCACUGCAGAGCAACAUCUGCCUGGCGUGUUUCUGGUCAUCCCCCCCACUGGCUCCGUUGCACCUGGUGAGAAGCAAGUGCUGAAAUUCUCUUACAUGCCAGGAGUACCAGGAGCCUUCAGCAGGACUUUCCAGCUUAAAGUGGCAGAACUGGACCCAGAGGAUAUCUACCUGAAAGGAGAAGCAUCCUUUCCCAUGAUCAGUGUAAACCUACCCUGGAACACCAAAGGAAAUGAAGAAAAUGAAAAGCUCCUAAGACCCCUGCAACAAUACAGUCAGCGGAAUCAAUCAGUUGUUCAGAAGAAGACUCAGAGCCCCAAGACCUUGAAUUCUCAGACCCCAAAGACUAAGACCUUGAAAUCUCCAACCCCGAAGACCCAGACCUUGAAGACUCAGAAACAGAAGCCCGGAGUGCUUGACUCUGGCAUUGUAUCAAACACUCAGCUGCAGAUAGAGAUGGUGACAAAGCUGAUAAAGAAGCCUGCUCUGGAGCUGCAGGAAAAGCUUCCAUCCCAUCCCCCAAACAGCAGGUUCCCUGGCAAAAAGUUGUGCCAGAGUCUUGUCAAAGUUGAGCUGCCCGAGUAUGUCCUGGACAUGGGCACUGUCCUUCAGGGUUACACUGAGAGACGCACUCUGGUGAUCACCAACCCUGGGCAGAUCCCAGUGUCCUUCCAUAUCAAUGUAUCUGCCCUGCAGGACACAGGGGUUUUUACCACUGAGUGGAAUCCCAUGAGCACUUGCUGUCAUGUGCCAUUUUCAAGGAGGGUAGUAGAGGUGGGCGUGGAUACAAAAGGAGGUUUCAGAGUGAAUCUGGACCAGAUGCAGGGCCUGCCCCACAACCAGACCAGAAUGCUUGAAGUGUGCUUUGAAAGCACCCGCUGGCUACGGGGUGAUGUGCAUGUGCUGCUGCCCAUAGAGGUGGCAAAAGGCCCCACAUAUAACAUCCGCCUCCGUGCCACUGUGUUGGAACUGUCACUCACCCUUUCCAAGAACACACUACAGUUCUCUGAUAUCCAUGUUGGGCAGUGCCAGAUUGAGACAGUCCGACUCUACAACUGGUUCCAAAUACCCUGCGAGUGGUUCAUUACUGCCAUCAAGCCUGUCAGGAAGGUAAAGCACAGGCGAUGUCGAACAUGUAACUUCUUGCAGCAGGUGCUGGAGGAUGAGCCCUGUCCCUUUGAAGUGACGCCCUCCAAAGGAACCCUUGAUCCAGGAAGGUGGCAGAACUUACAAAUCCAGUUUACACCCAAGCAGGAGAGGUCUUACAAGAAUGAGUUGAAGCUUAACAUUUGUGGAAGCAUCAAUCUCUUAAAGCUGCACCUCUCAGGACAAGGUCUAGAGCCACGGUUGGAGUUCACCCCCCCAGCACUCAAGAUGGGAUGGGUGCUGGUGGACAGUGAUGGGGUGGAUGCCACAGUGGUGGUGAAGAACCCAUGCAACUUCCCUGUUGAGUUUUACUCACUGGAUUUUGAUGAGCAGUACCUUGAGGAGGAGAAGAUCCUGCGGAUAGCAGUGGGGUCUGAGUACCAAAAGAACUUUCUAAUGCCUCCACGCACCGUGGGUGGGACGCUGCCCCCAGAGGUGCUGGAGUACUAUGAAGCACAGAAGAGGCUGAAAGCUCAACAGGCAGAGCUGAAGGCUAGGGAAGAGGCCAAGGCAAUGGACAAGGCAGCACCAGCAUAUCAUGGGGCUGUCACACCCUCUCCUGAGCCCAUGGUGGAAGUGACUGGGAGCCCUAUCUCUCAGGCUGUCAUGCACCACCUGGGCAUCGACCCAUCUUCAGAGAGUUGUGAAGCACAGCAGGACAGAGGGAUUGUUGUCAUCGUCCAUGGGCCCCCCCGGGCAGGAAAGACAGAGAUAGUGGCGGCCCUGUGUCACUAUUAUGACACUGCUCACUUGUCCAUUGACACCAUGGUGAAAGAGGCCAUCGCCAAUGAUCAGAGCCAAGCAGGGCGCCGCGCCCGGGAGCUUUGCACCAAGGCUGCCAUGGAGCUGAAAGGCGAAAACCAAGAUGAUGCUGGUAAAAAGCUUACUGCUCGGACCGAGAAUAAACAAGCCUCUGGAGAAAAAAUCAUCAAGAAGAAUGCCAAAGGCAAGAACACUCCAGCACAAAAGAAAAAGGAGCCAGCCAGCAAAUCCAACAAAAAGUUCACAGUUUCCACUGCUCCUGCACCACAACAGCUGAACAUCGUCAGCAGUCAUGGGGAAAAGCUGAACUGCUUGAGCUGUGUGCUGCCCGAGGACCUGCUGGUGGACAUCUUCUGUGAGAGGCUGAAGCAUGAAGACUGCUCCAAGGGAGUGGUCUUUGAUGGCUUGGAGAGCCUCUUCACAAGCAGCCUGGAAUCUUCUCUGCUCUGUGUAUUCAAAGCUGUCAACAAUCAUCAUCAUAUCUACAUGGUGAACCUGCAUCAGGAUUGUGCUUCUUGGAUAACCAAGGAGGAAGAUGAAAGAAAACUGCAGCGGGCAAAAGCUUUUCAGAGGAACAUGCAACGUAUCUUGAAAAUGGAUGAGGAUGAGUAUUAUGCCCUCCCUGAGGAGAAGCAAGUUCUAGUGGAUAAAAUAAUACAGGGAAGAAAGUAUCUACGGAGGGAGAGAAAUACGUCCCUGCCUUCAGCUGAAAACAAAGGUCAGAAGACCUAUAAAUCUCAGGAGAAGGUUGAGAAGAAGCCUGAACAAAAAGGUGGAGGCCAAAGAAGUCUUCAGUCAUCUCAGCUGGAGACACAAAGCAAAGUUGCAGAAGGGGCAGUCAGAGAUGAGCACGUCAGGAUGCGGUGCUUGGACAUCCAGGUCACAAAUCCGAAGGCCAUGAUUAGGGAGAUCCUGAGGGAUGGGAGGUUGCCAACAAAAGAUGAGAUGCUGAGACAUCUGGGACUGCAUCCCGAAGGGCCUCCCCUGCCCCCUGCUGCUGUCUUCUCCGUAGUCAACUACCCAGAGGAGCGGUUGGGUUCUGCAGAGUGUGUGAAGCCCUUCACCAUUGUUGCACCAGAAGGUGCUGCUAUGGAAGACAAUCGGGCCAAGGCCCCAGAUGCCAAGGGCAGUUCUACCAAGGGCCAACCAAAGUCACAUAUAGCAGCCAGCAGAGACAGCUCUCCAAAGGAUAACCAGAUCUCCACACACAGAACAGAAAGUCCCCAGGAUUCCUCUGCAACAAGAUCCAAAAGUGUGCUGAAAAGAGCCUCAACCCCCACAGAAUUCCUCAGGCUGAAACGGUACCGAUGGAUAGUGCCUGACCACGGUGAGGUGGAACUGAAGGUCCACUUCUCCACCAAAAGGCCAGGGAAGUUUGAGCACACACUGAGGUUUGAGCUCGUGGAGACAAAGCGCCAGUACGAGCUGCCCUGCAGUGGCACGGGCGUGUACCCCAGCAUCAGCCAGAACCCGCGGCUGGUGUUUCCACAGUGGAGGGAGACCAUGGAGACAGAUGAAAUCAUUUUCAAGGAAUAUGUUGAGAGCACAAAGAAAUUCCACUUUGGACCUCUGCUGUGUGGGAAAUCAAGAGAGUGGUACAAGGCCCAGAACUGUUCCAGCAACUCGGAGAAUUUAACCAUCCUCAACAACUCCCCCAUGGAUGUAGAGGUCCAGUUCUCCUUUGAGAAUGAUGGGAAAGCAGAGACAUUCCUUUUGGACCCUCCCAGCAUGACACUCAAACCAAAGGAGAAGCAGGAGCUGACCAUUUGGGCAUACCCCACUUCCCCUGGCUUCCUGGAAGACAAACUCAUCUGCUGCAUUGAGAAGAACCCAGACCCAGUGGUUUUCAGCCUGUGCUGCCAUGGGGUGCACGUGAUGCUGGAGGUCAGCCCCCUGGAGCUGUCUUUUGACAAGCUGCUUCUGCACAGGACUGACAGCAGGACCUUGGUCCUGAAAAACAACACCCUACUGCCCAUGGCCUGGCAGCUCACUGGGCUGGAUGACCUUGUUGAGGCCUUCUCCUUGUCACAAGAUAACGGCAUCAUUGAUCCCCGCUCAGAGUUUGAAGUGACCCUGAAUUUCAAGGCCGAGCAGAUUGGCAGCAUUAAGAAGACCCUGCGACUAGAGGUUUCCGAUACAGAAAACAUCCUGGGGAUUGUUCAGGCUGAAAACAUUGAGAUCUCUGCAGAGGUCUACGACAUUUCUCUGAGUCUUGACAUGCCUGAAGGUCCAGAUGGAAGCUUGGAAUUUGGAACCAUUCAUGUCCUGGAUAAUGUGAAGAAAGUCCUGACUCUAAAGAACAAAGGGAUGUACAACACUGAGUACUGUUUCAUGCUGAAGGGUUUAGGUCCCAGGAUGCAAGAUUUGGCAUCCCACUUCACUAUUGAGCCUCAGUCGGGCAUGCUGAUUGCCUCCCAGCCUGGUGUGAAUGUUGAGAUGCUCUUCCACCCCACAAGGGAAAUGGUCGUCAAGAACAAACCCAUCCUGUACUGCCAGGUGACAGAUGCCAGCUCAGGGAAAGGAAGCCAGACUGUUGCCACCAUCCCAGUGAGGGUGACAGCGAAAGCUGUGUACAGCAAGUACAGUAUUGAGCCUGCCUCACCCAUCAACUUUGGGGCCAUGCUCAAGGGCACCAAGAAGACCCAGACUGUCCUUCUGGAGAACAAAGGCAUGCUCAACUUCAAAUUCCACAUCCUCCAAGCACCCGAGGAUGCAUCUGCAUUGGCAAGCAAAAGUUCAAACCAAGGGGAAUCUGCUGCAUUGGCUUCAAAGCUGAAAUCAAGCUCCUCACAGGGUUACCUCAGUCUUGGCAUGUUCACAGUGUCCCCCUGCUCCGGCUCUGUUGCUCCAUGGGGCCAGCAGAAGAUCACAGUGGAAUGCCUUUCAGGGCAGGAGGGGACAUGUGAAGAGCAGCUCUACAUUGACAUCACGGGCAGAAACCCCAAGGACAAUCCCCUGGGCAUUCCCUUUACCCUGAUUGCCGAGUCCUGCCUCCCAGGAUUUGUUGAGGAUGUCACGUUAACCUUCGAGGAGUACCCGAUCUGCAGCAGCACCAACCUCAGCUGCAAGCUGCGGUCAGUGAAAGGCACAGGUCUGUUUGUCAGAGAUGAGAACAAAUUUGUCUUCACCAAGGUUCUGGUUGGGCAAGAGGCUGAAGCUAAUUUCAGUAUCUACAAUGCAAGUGGUCUGCCAUGUGAUGUGGUCCUCUCCAUCAAACCCCUGCCUGGAAAGGAAAAAAACCCUAUCAACAACAUUUUCAAAUUGUGUCCAGACAAGAUGUCUGUUCCCGGCUCAUCCAAGGCCGUUGCUACAGUGACCUUCACCCCACCGGAUAAGCAGAACUACAGUUGUACUUUCAAGGCUUCCCUUGUCAUCCCAAAAAGCUCUGUGAAAAUUAAGCCCCAAACCCUGACCUUCACCAUCAGUGGGAAGGGGCAUGAGCCACAGGUGACAGUCGUGUGCCCAAGUGCUCGCAGCAAGAGGGGAAAUGCUGUGCUGCGCUUCAAGAGACUCCGGGUGGGGGAUUCAGAGAUGCUCCCCCUGGUCAUCCAUAACAAUGGCAUCGUACCUGUCAAGUUUAUGUUACACCUGGAGGAUGAGCACAGAGCGUUCUUCUUGAAAGGCAGGGGCUCCACACUGGAGAGUUUCUACACUGAAGAUGUGGAAGAGGACUGCGUUGGAAAUGAGAGCAAGCCCCCAGAGAAGCCUUUCUUCCUUCUGCAUUGUGGGCAAUCAACAGAGUUUGAUGUCAUUUUCAAACCCACCCUGACUCAACAUCUGGAAGGGAAUAUUCAUCUGUUAGUGGAAGACAUCUACUCUAACAAGACCCUAAUAGAGCUGGUGGGUGAAGGCCACAUGGAUGAAUUCACCUUUGAUGGAUUAGAGGAAGACAUAGAGGAGAGGAAUGCUAAGAGCAGUCUGAAGAAAGACAUUAUUGAUGCUGUCAGAGUGAAUCACAUCCAGUUUGGGGACUGUCCUGUCGGGAGGCCCUACCGCAGGACCUUCACCAUCACCAACCAUACCAGUAUGAAGGUCAUGCGCUUUGAGUGGGAGGCAGACACCGCAUUCCAGUUCUCCCCCAAGAUGGGACACCUCCAUCCUGGCUGUGCCAAGGACAUCACAGUCACCUUGAAAUCAGAUGUCCCAGCCACCUUCAGGAGGCACCUUGUGAAAUGUAAGGUGACCAAUAUCAACUUUGAGCUGCCACGAAGGAAGGCUCAGGACUGGGACGACCGAAUGUCCAUUGUCACAUGGAAGGAUACCACCAGGAAAGACCCAGAAUCCAGGUGGCCUGAGAAAGAGAAGAUGGUCCAGACAGCCCCGGAACCAGCUUACACUGCGGAUGAGAGCAUCCAGGAGGCCGAGGUGUACCUCAGUGCCUUUGUUGCCUACACCGAGUUCAAACUGAACACAGUUGUGGUUCAGUUCAAGGAUACCUUGCCCAACCAGACAAGGACAGCCAUGUGA